AUGACUCGUAACUUGUCUCACUACGCAUUCUGUCACCUCUUCAAUGAGGUCGUCCUCAGCCGUCGCAGGUUUCUCGAUGUCGCAGAACAGUUCUACGCUACCGUCCGCCUCGAUCCCGGACAAGUUGACGCUGCCCGUCAGAUCGCCGUUCAGGCUCUUCAAGACCGAGAUGACGCUCUGAUGGCUCUUCUUACUGCUCGUACGACGGCGAAUCUGGACGCGUUGGACGCGUUGUAUGAGGAGGCCGUCGCUCGCGCGACGCCUAGCUCUGCGGCUACCGAGGACCCUGCGCAAGAGGACGGAGAGGAGGAGGUUGAUACGGAUGUGGAUCUGGACGAUAUCGACGAGGCAUACGUGCAUGGAUUAGACAACGGCAUUGAGGAUUUCGCCGCUGGAAACGAGGUGGACGCGCAAGCAAGUCAUCGAUACCGACCAAAAACCUGUACGACGCCUGCCUAUGUAUUCUUCUCCGGAUCUGAGCGCUUGAUCGACGAUGCCGCCAAGAACCAGGUUGCGAUGGACCCGCUCCACAGUGUCUUCGACGCGAAGCGCCUCAUUGGCCGCAAGUUCGCCAACGUGGAGGUGCAGGCUGACCUCAAGCACUUCCCGCUCAAGGUCAUCGACAUGUAUAGCAAGCCCUACAUCAGGGUCACCUACCGCGGCGAGGAGAAGGCAUUUUCGUCCGAGGAGAUCGCGUCCGUAGUCCUCACGAAGUUGAAGGAGAUCGCUGAAUCUUACCUCGGCGACACCGCCACUAAGGACGCCGGCACGAUCUCUGGCUUCAACGUCCUCCGUAUCAUCAACGAGCCCGCCGCCGCCGCCAUCGCCUACGGUCUCGACAAGAAGGUCACCGGCGAGGGUAACGUCUUCCUCGAUCUCGGCGGAGGUACUCUGAGCUUUUCGUUCCUCACGAUUGAGGAGGGCAUUUCGGAGAUCAAGGUCUCCGCCAGUGACACCCGCUUCCGUGGUGAGGACUUCGACAACCGCCUCGUGAACCACCUUGUCCAGGAACUCAAGAGGAAGCACAAGAAGGACUUCUCCUCCAACCCGCGUGCACUCCGCCGUCUCCGCACUGCCUGCGAGCGCGCCAAGCAUACCCUCUCGUCCGCUACCCAGACGUCGAUCGAGAUCGACUCGCUCUUUGAGGGUAUCGACUUCUACACCUCGCUCACCCGUGCCCGUUUCGAGGAGCUCUGCCAGGACCUUUUCCGCUCCACGCUCGAGCCCGUCGAGAAGGUCCUCCGCGACUCGAAGAUCGACAAGUCGAACGUUCACGAGAUUAUCCUCGUCGGUGGCUCCACCCGUAUCCCCCGCAUCGUCAAGCUCGUCCCGGACUUCUUCAACGGCAAAGAGCCCAAUAAGUCGAUCAACCCCGGCCAGGCCGUCGCCUACGGUGCUGCCGCCCAGGCCGCCAUCCUCACUGGCGACACUUCGGAGAAGUCCCAGGACUUGCUCCUCCUCGACGUCACGCCCUUGUCUCUCGGUAUCGAGACCGCUGGUGGUUUCAUAACGCCGCUCAUCAAGUGUAACACGACCGUCCCGACCAAGAAAUCCGAGAUCUUCUCGACUUACGCCGACAACCAGCCCGGUGCCCUCAUCAAGGUCUUCGAGGGUGAGCGUGCCCGUACGAAGGACAACGACCCGCUCGGCAAGUUCGGACUCUCCGGUAUCCUGCCGGCGCCGCGUGGUGUCCCUCAGAUCGAGGUCACCUUCGACAUCGAUGCCAUCGGUAUCCUGAACGUCUCCGCCUCCGACCAGACGACCGGCAAGUCGAACCGCAUCACGAUCACCAACCACUAG